AUGGUCAGAUUGCAUGUGAAGCACCUAGGCUCUGAAUUAGUCUUUUAUGGAAUAUUUGGGAGAUGUCAGCGAGUGCCAGUAAUAGACAUAUACAAAUACGACAUUUCACCCCCUGUUCUUCAGCGCCUAAGGAUCAUCCUGGAGAAGCUCUCACACAGAGGUUUUACCUGGAAAGAUGAUUAUACGCAGCAUGUCAUUGGUCAGGAACUGUCAAACAUUCACAAAAUCCACAACAGACACCCUGAUAUAUUUGUAUCUGAAGCAUCUGACACAGGAAGGAUUUUGGAACAGAAUGCAGAUAAUGAAAGAAAUUCUGAUCUGGAAAAUGAUGUGAACUUGGCCAAGUCACUUCAGCAAUAUCUUAAAUAUCUAAAUAUUCUCUCCCAGUCUGCAGCUACAAAUUUAUAUCCAAGGAAGAAGAACGACAAAGCUUCUGUCAAGAGCUACAUCUAUAAUGAUCCUAUUAGGUACUACAUGAUGCAAAAACCCAAGGAAAGAGAACCUCCUUUGGCCCAUACAUCAACAUCCCAUCAACAGUACGCUGAAAAUCCCCGUGGGAGGACCUUCAACCAGCCUCAGCCAGACAAGUUCUCAUCAGAGCCAGAAGUGGGGCUUGACCAAAAAACUCUGAUGGCUGCGCUGCAUACGUACAUCACUCAGAACUUGUCAGCACAAAGCAAUGAUAAAAGCUCUCACAGCAGGACUAAAGGGUCUCACAUUUAUGCUGAUAGAUUCUACUCUUCUCCAGUCAGCCCUUUUGAUGGAACUUUUGCCAAAGGAAAAGAAGAAGAUUUCAAAAUGAAGAAACCGUUCCAGACAAAGCCUGCGUCUGGAGUGCUGGGGCCAACCUCUGAGAAGCUGAAUCAUAAAUCUGCUUCCCAGGAUGAACCAAAGGACCCUCUGAGUGUAGUGGAUGGUAAAGUAGAAACACUAAUUAAAGAUGUAUUGAAGGACCUAGAGAAACACCAGGUGAAUGUGGAGAAUCUCAGCUCAGCGGAACUGGAUGAGAUUGCUGAUACUAUUGCCAAUGCAAUUCAGACUGCUGGCAUUCAGGAAGAAACGGAAGAGAGUGCUGGAAAAACCGGAGAAGAAAAAAUGGAAGCACAAAUGAAGAAAGGAGAUGCUCAAGGAAGAACAGAAAUCCAUAAUGUAUUAACGGAAAGCAAUGUUAACAUACCAGACAAUGGAGUGCAUGAAGCCAGUGCCAGAACUGAUCAAGAGGAGAACACUUCAAAACUAGUUAACUUAUUGAACGAGAAUGCAGUACCUGAAAAUAUGCCUAAAGAUGUAAUACCUGAAGAAUCUACCAAGUCAGAAACCAAGAAAUCUGAAGACACUGACUCUUCUUCCUCAGAAGAAAUAAAUGUGGGUGUAGAAAAUGUAAAAAGUGAGACUUUCUCCAGGGAGCUGACAGCUGAAAAGAGCACUGAAUCUGACUCCAAAGACCCUAGUGAGACUCGCUACUGGAUUAAGAAUGCUUUGAUGCAAGAUGGAAACUCCUAUGAACAGCCUCAGAAAAAUGCAGGACAAGGUUUACAGCUUGAAGUGAAGUCUACCGAGGAGAAAGAAUAUGGCUAUAUUGUGACAGUGAAAGACCCCCUGAGUGUGGAAAAGGGCUUGGAGUUAAUAAAGGAAGUGGCAGAUCUCCUGAAGCUGCAGAUGAGUGCCUUCGAUGAUGUCAACGUGCUGGGACCAGCUGUGACCUUCAGAGUGCACUCAAACCUCCAAAACAUUUCAACUGCAGAUAUUGCCAAAGCAGCAGCCCUGAACAAAGAGAAGCUUGAGAAAACAACUGGGCUGAGAAUUUUGCAGACUGGCGUGGGGGAGAAGAGCCACGUCCCGCCGCUCCCGCAGCGCGGGGAAGAGGCAGAGUCCGGCAAGUUCUUCCUCCUCACCCUCCUCUCCCUCGCCUGCAUCGCCGGGGUCCUGGCGGCGUCGGGGGUCGUCUACUGCCUCCGGCACCGCGCCCACCACCGCCUCAAGGAGAAGCUCUCGGCCCUGGGGGCAGACACCGGCUCCGACGCCACCGCUGCUUAUCAGGAGCUAUGCCGUCAGCGCAUGGCAGUGAAGACAUCUGAUCGCCCGGAGCCACUGCACGCCUCUCGAAUCAAUAGCGUUUCUUCACAAUUUAGCGAUGGGCCCGUUCCUAGCCCCUCGGCCCGCAGCAGCACCUCGUCCUGGUGCGAGGAGCCUGUCCAGUCCAACAUGGACAUCUCCACCGGCCACAUGAUCUUGUCCUACAUGGAAGAUCAUCUGAAAAAUAAGAAUCGUCUGGAGAAAGAGUGGGAAGCUCUUUGUGCUUACCAGGCUGAACCCAACGCCACCACCACUGCACAGCAGGAGGAAAAUAUCCAGAAGAAUCGCUCACGGGCUGUAGUACCAUAUGAUCAUUCCAGGAUAUGUCUGAAAGCUGAAAAUAGCCACGACAAUUCAGACUACAUCAAUGCUAGCCCAAUUAUGGACCAUGACCCCCGAAACCCAGCAUAUAUUGCCACCCAGGGCCCUCUCCCUGCUACUGUCGCUGACUUCUGGCAGAUGGUCUGGGAGAACGGCUGUGUCGUUAUUGUCAUGCUGACACCCCUCGCGGAAAACGGAGUCAAGCAGUGCUACCACUAUUGGCCAGACGAAGGGUCAAACCUCUACCACAUCUACGAGGUUAACCUUGUUUCUGAGCACAUCUGGUGCGAGGAUUUCCUAGUGAGGAGCUUCUACUUGAAGAACCUGCAGACAAACGAGACCCGCACGGUGACACAGUUCCAUUUCCUCAGCUGGAAUGAUCAGAGAGUUCCUGCUUCCACGAGAUCACUUCUGGAUUUCCGCAGAAAAGUAAACAAGUGCUACAGGGGUCGCUCUUGUCCAGUAGUUGUUCAUUGCAGUGAUGGUGCAGGAAGAAGUGGAACCUACAUUCUAAUUGACAUGGUUCUCAAUAAAAUGGCUAAAGGUGCUAAAGAGAUUGAUAUUGCUGCUACCCUGGAGCACUUGAGGGACCAGAGACCAGGCAUGGUCCAGACAAAGGAGCAGUUUGAGUUUGCUUUGACAGCAGUUGCAGAAGAAGUGAAUGCAAUACUCAAGGCACUUCCACAGUGAGCGGCUCGUUCUCCCGGAGGUUCCCGCAGGAUCCGUUCCUUGUUUCCUCAUCCUCGGUCCCUGUGAAUGUUCUUGGACACCACGACCUGACCUUAACUGUGUAUCUUCUGUUGUAACCACAUAGUGAUAGGGUCCUUACAAACUCCUUUAGCUGGUAAAAGUUCAACAGUUAGAAUGUGUAUUCUGUUUUUUUGGGUUUUAAAAUAAAUUUUAAAAAGUACAUUGAAGCCUCGGAUUAAGUGACAGAAUAGACCAUCUAAUUCCUUUCACAUCCUGGAAGCCCUGAAUGUCACUCUUUGAAAGCACACAUUCAUGUUCUUAAUAGCAAAUAUACAGUAUUGUGGGUAAUUAGUGCAGUCAAUAUAGUCUCAGAAAACAGUGUUUUGUUAUAUUUUGGAACUCCUCAAAGGCUGAACAAGAGUGGGGGGCCUGAAAGGGAUGGUGAUUGUUCCUACACAAUGCCAAGCGAGGGCACGAAGCAGUGCUGAGGGUGUGAGUAAACACAGGUCCAGGCACUGGCAAAGGGAGCUUGCACCUUCUCAUGCUGGGCUUUGGCAAGCAAACAUUUUCUUAACUGUUGUUUACUUUUCAGCUUUGUGCUGUGAAUGGAGGAAAAUCUGACUUAUAAGUAAAUAGGCCUUCACAGUUGUUGCAACUGGGGAGAACAAGCUGGUCACGUUAAUGGGAACCUGGGGGACAGUGAGCAUGGCAGCUCUGGACAGGUACCUACAGAGCGGAGCAGGCGAGCAUAGACGCACCUCCAGCCACCAGGUACAUGCCCAGAGCUGGUAUGGACACAGAUUCUUGACUUUAUGGGAUUACUGAGGAAGCAAAUGGGACUCUCCUCUUUAUAUUUUUACAUUUCCCUCUGUAAAGCUGUGCUGUGCCAUCCUUUUCAGCCAGGGAAGUAUAUUUCUGUAAAAGCCUGGCUGAAGGAAGAAUCGCAGGUCUGCAUUGUAUGAUUCUCAUCAAGUUUGUCUGAGCCAGGCAUUUGUUGCACCUUUCUGCUCUUUCCUUGUUCUGAAUGAUGCCUAUUUUAACUAUUAAGGGGUAAAGAAGCACACAGGUUGAAUUUCAGAGAUUCUUGUGUUCUCAAAAUCCUAAUGCCUACUGUUGUGAAGUAAUGCUAAAAUAUGUCUGUAAAUGGCUUGGUUAUGCAAUUCUGCUUAUAUGAAUUCACAGUUUUAGUAGUGGCACUCUGCUAAAGGGAUUGAAACUACUGAUGGCAAGUACUCUGAUUUGUUUGAAUGUAGGGCCUGAGAGUAACAUUAUCAAAUGUUCUUAGGUGAUAUAGGCUCUGAAUUUCAUUUUCAAAAGUGAACACCUGGACACUUUUUCAUACGUUAUCCUACAUUUCUGUGAUUUAAGAAUUUCUUUUUUUUCUUAACAGUGUAGUAUGUUUGAAACUAUAUUAGGCUGACUGAUUUACCUCAGCACUGGAAAAUACAGAAUUGAAUUUAAUUUGGGAAGGGGGAAGCCUUUAUAAACUUCUAAUCAGUGAAAUGUUAAAAAUGCAAUAUUGGAGAGUUUUGAUGGCACAGAGGUAACAGGCAUCUAUCGGAAUCAACCAUGUUGCAAUUUUGUGU